AGAGGUCGGGGGCGUGCUGAACGCCGCGGAGCACGAGGCUGGGCACCUGCGGCCCGGUGGCCAGAAGAGCUGCUUCCCAAUGGAGAAGUUCAAGGCGGCCAUGCUGCUGGGGGCCGUGGGGGACGCUCUGGGGCACAGAAACGCCCGCAAGGACAGCGGCGCCCCUGGCAGGAAGGCCAGGGAGGAGCCGCAGACAGGCGGGGACCUGGACCAGCCGUCCCCAGAGAAGUGGUGGGUGAGUGACAACACCAUCAUGCACCUGACGACAGCCGGGGCCCUGACCACAGACUACUGGUGCCUGGAUGACCUGUACCGGGAGAUGGUGAAGCGCUAUGUGGAAGUCCUUGAGAAGCUUCCAGAACAUUGGGCUGAUCCAGCUACUCUGGAAGGCUGCUCCCAGCUGAAGCCAGACAACUACCUCCUUGCCUGGCAUACACCUUUCAAUGAGAAGGGCUCAGGAUUCGGAGCUGCCACCAAAGCCAUGUGCAUCGGCAUGCGGUACUGGAAGCCUGAGCGUCUGGAGACCCUAGUGGAAGUGAGCAUCGAGUGCGGCAGGAUGACCCACAACCACCCCACAGGCUUUCUCGGGUCCCUGUGCACGGCCCUGUUUGCAUCUUAUGCUGCGCAGGGCAAGCCACUGGAGCAGUGGGGCAGAGACAUGAUGCGGACAGUCCCGCUGGCUGAGGAAUACUGUAAAAAGACCAUCCGGCACCUGUCAGAAUACCAGGAGCACUGGUUCUACUUUGAAGCUAAGUGGCAGUUUUACUUGGAGGAGAGGAAACUCAGCGAAGACACGGGAAGUAAAGCCAUCUUCCCUGACCACUAUGACGCAGAGGAGAGGGACAAGGCUUACAGGAAAUGGAGUUCGGAAGGCCGAGGGGGCCGGCGGGGCCAUGACGCUCCUAUGAUUGCCUAUGAUGCUCUCCUUGGAGCCGGGGAUGACUGGACGGAGCUCUGCCACCGGGCCAUGUGUCAUGGAGGUGAGAGCGGGGCCACAGGGACGAUCGCGGGCUGCCUGUUCGGGCUGCUGCACGGCCUGGACACUGUCCCCGCGGGCCUGUACCAGGACCUGGAGCACAAGGAGGAGCUGCUGCAGCUGGGCGAAGCUCUAUACCGCCUGUCCACGGAGGAGAAGUGACCCCUCAGUUGCCAGAGGUGCCAAAAGAGCUGCCAGCAAAGUUACAUAAGCUGUGCCACUUAGAUUGGCCCUGGAGAAAGGUGUUCUGGUCUGGCCCUGACAUGGGCCUGGGGACGUCCGCCCACACUAGCCGGCAGGGGGCAGCCCCAACGAAGCCACAGACCUCAGCCCGCCUCUGGGAAGCACUGGCGCCACAGAAACAGCUUGGCUUUGGUGUGCGAACGGCUGCACUCCCGGCUGUCCUCACCUGCAUCAGGCUGCUCAGGCCAGGCGCCCGGGACACAGAGAAGGACAUGUGGGCCUGCCUGUAGGUCCGGGGUCAGGCAGCCACAGAAGGCCCGACCAGGGACCUCACCUCCACAGGUGCACGCGCACCGUCCCGUGGGAGAAUUCAUGCCCCUGGCCAUUCUGACUCAGUGACCUCAGGGGUGCAGAGGGCCAAGUUGGUACCUUGCAGGGACGCUGAGGGGCCUCCACAGGACCUGUGGGACAGCAUGGCCAGGCUGAUCGUGGUGGGGGGUGCCCAGUGACCCUGACACCCAGAGACGUCAGAGGGACGGGGUGCAGUCCACCCUGAGCUGUUCAGACCAUGGGGUCCUGGCACCCGUGGGCAAGGGAAGCUGCAGGGGCACAGGCCAUGGGGCUCGUCCCCAGGGCCUGUCUCCAGAGCUGUUCCAACCAUCGCACUCAGCCCCAAGCCAGGAAGGUGAAUGGAAAAGGCCAUGUGAGCCAUGGCCUCCAGUAGGGUGGCCAGCUUCUCUCAGAAGCCCUCACCCCAGCACCCCAGGCCCCACCUGCAAACCGGGGUCCUGGGCCCAGAGGCCCCCGGGGGCUCUGCUGCUGCCACCCUGCCAUGAGGCUGGGACCCUGCACACUGUGAUGGGCACUCAAGACCCCGUGGUGAUGGCAUGUGACAGCAUCAGCCUGCUGCUCAGUCCCAUCAUGAGCUCAGCCGGUGCUGCCAGGCCGGACCACACACCAGGUACGGAGCCCAGUGUCUGGACUCGGUGUGGAGGUGCUCGGCACUGCAGAGAUGGGUGUCCAGUCGUCGGCUGGGAGCAGCCUGGCUGGGGUGAGUGCUUUGGCCAGCGCUCCAGUCGGGAUGAGGCUUCCAUGGGCGUCUUCCGGAGCGCGGGCAGGGUCCCAGAAGGAGGGACGUGAGCAUGGACGGGCAGAUAGGACUGCAGCACGAGGACACGGUGCCAGGAACAAGGGGCUGUGGCCUCGCUGGCAGCGGGAGUUUGGACCCAGUUCUAGAAACAGUGGAGGCUGCAUCUGCAUGACGCUUGAGGAGCCGGAGCCUGUGGGUACAUGGGUGGAGUGCGGGGUCUCCUCUGGCUGCCUCUGGGUGGUGGGGAGACACAGCUCGUGGGCUGUGGAGGAAGCCUGGACUGCUGGUCCCAAGCUGAUGACAACCUGCCUUGGCAGGAAAAUGCAGUCUCCGGUGACCCUGCAGAGGGUAGGAGAGUGGGGUCCCUGCAGGCCACUGGAGGCCAAGGAAGCAGCAGCCGGGCAAUGAUGCCAACCUCCUCCACCAGAACAGGAGGUGCCAAAGGUCCCAAUGACACUGAAACCAGCCUGCUCUGACCCCAGGGCCGGGGAUGUGGGUAGCAGGGCACGGCCUCCCGGGGCGCCCCGCGUGCCUGCUGACCUCCCAGCGCUCCUGCAGCGGCUCACAUUGUGCACUGUGACUGUGCAGCCCUCCUGGCUCUCAGCCCUCCAGCUUAGGAACGGGUUUAGCUUUCUGUUUUGUUUUAGGGGCCUGACCACCACGGUGGCUCCCCAAACGCGCAGUUGUUUGAGAUCGGGAAAGAGCCUGAGCUAUCCCGGGGUUUCUCAAAGUGGGAUCCCUGGGCCAGUGGCAGCCACAGCAGGUUCUCAGGCCCCUGGCGGAUGAUGACAUCGGACAUAGUGGAGGCACCACCAGUCCUCGGGGUCAUCACAAGUAGUCUGGUAUCUGAAAACAAGGACAGCUGCUGUGCUGCACAAACUGACAGCAUCAGGGUGGACUGGGGGCUCUUGCGGGGAGCCUAUGGGGGCAGGCGUCCAAGAUCACAUCCCUCAAAGGGAGACCCUCAGCUCCUGGGCACGGGUUGGGGCCAGGUUGCCAGGCUACGGACCACCUGCGACCCCGGGCAGCCCCCGGGAGUGUGCGUGCUCCUCACAGCUGUCUAAAAGGAUGCAGGUGUGGCAUCUAUAAUCAGAGCCCUCUUUUCUGGAAAAUGCAUAAAAGCACAUAAAGAAAAGUAUUUUUGUGUUUC